CUGCAUACUGAAUAUGGUCCACAGGGUGCACAAGGUCCACAUGGACCGCAUGGUCCGCAAGGUCCACAUGGACCGCAAGGUCCACAUGGUCCGCAUGGUCCACAUGGUCCGCAAGGUCCACAUGGUCCACAUGGUCCGCAAGGUCCACAUGGUCCGCAAGGUCCACAUGGUCCGCAAGGUCCACAUGGUCCGCAUGGUCCACAUGGGCCGCAAGGGUUACAUGGUCCGCAUCCUCCGCAUGGACCACAAGGUCCGCAUGGUCCACAAGGCCCGCAUGGUCCGCAAGGACUGCAUGGUGAGCAUGGAGAGCAUGGUGAACAGGGGGCCGCACAAACCGGGCGUUCACAACAACCCAUAUUUAAUAUUUAUUUAAUUUACUCUUCAAAAAUUGCAACGCAAUAGUAGCAGAUUAUUUUAAA